AGGAAACGUGAAGUGCUGCAAGAAGCUUUGAGCCGAAGUCCGUCUGCUUGUGUUCAAUUAUUGAUAACAAAAAAGGCGAGUAACAACCAAAGGAGUACUGGUAUUAAUUAAUGGCUUUAAUUUAACCACCAAAGAUGGUAGUUAACCUUGAGUCAACCCGGGAACUGAUUCAACACGUAAAGCUCAGCUGCGGAGAAGAAUGCCUUUGCUGGGUCGCUAGCUAGCUAGCGUUAGCUUUCAGGAUGGGCAACUGAACGCUAACCGGAACCAGAAUAAAAAUAUAUAUCACUGUACAAUGACAGAAUUUUGAGAGUACUGUCUCUCGAAAACGCGGCGAGAAAAGAGAGUUUCGUGUGUGCCUUUUAGCUACCUCCGAACCGUGUCGGUACUGUUUACAUGAUGAAGAACUGCGAGUACCAGCAGAUCGACCCACGGGCGCUGUCGGUGUCGCCGUCGUCCGCACAGAACCACACCGAGAAGAGAGUGCAGCGGCCGCGGAGGAAAUGGGAAGUGUUCCCGGGGAAGAACCGGUUCUACUGCGACGGGCGGAUCAUCCUGGCCAGACAGAGCGGUGUCCUUCCUCUGACACUGGGCCUUAUUGUUGUCACAUGUGGCCUUUUCUUUGCAUUCGAUUGCCCAUUCCUGGUGAAACAUCUGACCGUCUUCAUACCUGUGAUCGGUGGGGUGCUUUUUGUGUUUGUGGUCCUCUCCCUGUUGAGAACCAGCUUUACAGAUCCAGGCAUUUUACCUAGGGCCACCCCAGAUGAAGCGGCAGACGUAGAGAAGCAGAUAGAUACCUCAGGAUCAUCUACGUAUCGCCCCCCUCCGCGAACCAAGGAGAUCCUCAUCAACCAGCAGGUGGUAAAGCUCAAAUACUGCUUCACUUGUAAAACGUUCCGCCCUCCUCGGACCUCCCAUUGCAGCCUGUGUGACAACUGUGUUGAACGAUUUGAUCACCACUGCCCAUGGGUGGGGAACUGUGUGGGCAAACGCAAUUACCGCUUUUUCUACAGCUUCAUCAUCUCUCUGUCUUUUCUGACAUCUUUCAUAUUUGGCUGUGUCAUCACACACAUUACCCUGCGUUCUCAAGCAGGUAAAAGCCUUGUUCAAGCCAUUCAGGAGAGUCCUGCCAGUGUGGUGGAGUUGGUGAUAUGUUUCUUCUCCAUCUGGUCUAUUCUGGGCCUCUCAGGCUUCCAUACUUACUUAGUAGCCUCCAACCUCACAACAAAUGAAGAUAUAAAGGGCUCCUGGUCAAGUAAGAGGGCUGCAGAGGAGUCUGGGAACCCGUACAGUUACAACAGUAUUAUAACCAACUGCUGUGUGACGUUAUGUGGUCCCAUGCCCCCAAGUCUGAUUGACAGAAGAGGUUUUCUGCCUAUUGACGAGGCAAUCCCUGCUGCUUCUGCUUCGGAGAUAGAGCUGCCUCCAUUCGUGGCCAAGAAUGACGCGCACAUGUGCACUCAGAGCACCAAGGACGUGCUGGAGAGGGUGGUCCACUCUUUUGACUAUCAAGGCCUGUGCCCCACUGGCACCCCAAAGACCUCCCCUCUGGCCCUGGAGGUUUCCAGCACUGCAGCACCUUCCCCAGAAACUUCACCGUCCGCUGGCUGCUCCCGACAGCUCGCCCGCCAUCCCGUGGCUGCUCCUUGUCCCCCGUUCAGCAGUAGCAACAAGAGGGACUCGCUGCACUCUAUCAACCCAGCCUUCCGUCUGGCUUCUCCCUCCCCGUCGCUGAGCCGCACCACUUUAAUUCUGGGUGAUGCACCCGACAUUGGCUUUAUCCCACUACCCUGAGUGCACCCAGUAACCAUAAGAGAACAGAAGGCGUCACAGUGCACUUGUCCUGCUAUGCUCAACACUGUCCUGUAUCACCUGCAAUGUUUUUGGCUACAAAGAGACUCUUUAACAGUGGUGGUCAUGCUGUGUGUUACCAUUUGGUAUUUUAAAAUGUCAUUCUGAUGAGUUGAUCAAGCAUUACCUGGAGGGUUUUUACGUUCUGUGAGUUUUAUCAACAAUGUCCUACUAUUCUGUUCUGUAUGUGUCCUUCGCGAUGGAGGUGAAUCUUAGUAAUACUUGGAAGCACAAUAUAGAGAUAUUUUUUUAAACACCUUUUUAAGAAGACACCCAGAACAUGCCUCCACACCUUCCACUGAACCUCAAGCCAUACAUCACAGCUGUAUUCUUUUAAGUUCAUGCUAAUAUCUUAUGCAAACAGGUCUUUAAAUCUGGGAAUCCUCACAGUGGGACUGUGGAUGCAAGGCGUACAGAAACAGAAGCUUAGAUUUACUAAACCUGUUCUGGAUUGUGAGCCAUUUCAGGAUUAUGAGCUCAACCUUAUAUCCUGUCAUCUAGAUCUACAUCAUCCCAGUGUCAUCAGGUGGUUCCAGAUCUACAGUAUUUAGAUGAAUGAGUUUGAAGAGGAAGGGCAAGGUGCACUUAUAAUUUCAUUUUGAAUGUAUGCAUACCAAGGUUUUUUUGCUGUAUUUUCUAAUCGGUUCUUCAUGUCUUGGUAAAUAUCGUUUCUUUUUGCAAGGUGCAUCACUUAAGGAGACUAUAAAUAAAAGUGGAGACAGGUGAAGUUGAGUGAAUUUACCCAGAUAUUUUUGACUGGAUAAUAACUGACUGAAAUAGUUCCUCCACACAUUAUAUAAUGUCUACUUUGUUGCUUUAUGUAAUUUGUUGGAUAUCAAAGCCAAGUGUUUAAUUUCAAAUCACAUUUAGCUGCUGCCUACCAUGGCUUGGAUUGCAGUAUUUAUUACGGACACACUGUUUCUUGUUAAUGUGAUCUACUGGGAUGCUUACAGUAUGACGAAGCAUCUGUUUUUGUCAUCAUCAUGUUGCCUGUCAUGAGUGUGUUGGUGUUUGCAGCACAGGCUCGACGUAUAGACCGCUUCAAGCAAAGUAAUGUUUUAGGAAUGUCGACGAGGCCUCUUCACACGCAGGGCGAGCGGUCGUUUUUGUGGCUGUGACCUUUUCGUCUUCUUACAGCAUGAAACUUAACCCUCCAUCUGUGAUGGUGGAGUUCAAUUUCUUGAGAGUAAAUGGCAGGAGCUAGUUUGUGCCACUAGGGGGCAGCCUGUGAAUAAGGAUUGCGGCCUAGUCAGAACGCAAUUGAGUAACAUGAAAACCAUUUUAAAAAAAAGGCCUUUUGAUGUUUUAUUUAUUUUUUGUAAGUGAGCGUUGAAGCUGUACAUAGGUUGUGAGUUUGUGAAGAACCACUUUGCCAUAGUCAGUGGGUCUCACAUUUAUCAGUCUGCAUCAAGACCCAUAGGGUGUGUAAACAAUUACAAGCAGUGCUUGUAUGAGCAAACUUGUUUGUAUUUUGUAGGAUGUAACAGUGGAACUGUAACAUUUGAUCAAUAAAAAUGAUCCGUUUUGUUGA